AUGACGCUGUGGAAGUGGUCAAAAGAAUUUGUUAUGUCAGGAAAUUUUAAAGACAAUAACUUUCCGAUUAAAAGCUCAGAGAUAUGGAUUCAGAUGAGUCUCCGGUUCGAUAAUAAAUGGAGUGCACGAGAUGUAUAUCGAGAAGUAAGAGAAGACAGAAGACAAAUUCUCACAAAAAGCUCGCGAAAAGUUGGCGUUCCUGUAAUUGAUACUAAUUCAAGUAGCAUGUUGUUUGAAGAAGAUAUUUCAUCUGAUAUGGAGCCUUCGAAUUUUCCUUGUCAUCUCGAAUUAGAACGAAGGAUACGUUUGCCCCAGCCCCAUGAAGAUAUACGUAGACCAACUCGUAAAUUUGAACGGCUCAAAAUUGGGGAGCAAGCACUUAAUGAAGGAGUUGGGAACUACACAAAACGUCAAGCUGCUCUACAUGCGCAAACCAAUAAACGUCUACCCCCUAUUCUUCCAAAACAAAACAUUGUUCGACAGUCAAAAGAUAUCAAAACACUGGGCAAAGCUGCUAAUGCAUAUUAUGCUGAAGAUUUUAUUAGAGAAUUUUUGGUGAGAGCUUAUGAAUUUCCAUUGUGGACGUCUGCAUGUUUUCCUGAUGAAAGUGAACAUGCAACAACUAGCUACGUUGAGCAAUUUUUUGGAAAUAAAAAAGAAAGAAGCUUAUUGAAAUGGAACAGUUUAGUGCGUGCAGAUGUUUUUUUAAAACAUGAGUAUCAAGAAUAUACUGGAAGUUCUGCUGAAUUACAAUCGAAUUUGAUUACCGAAAAUGAACACUUUCUCAAAAUGAUAGUAGUGAUUCUUUUUAAAGAUGUUGAAGAAUCGGUGACUGAUUGUAAUUCUAAAUUAAGCAAUACGUCUGGUGGAAUACUUUUUAGUAGUAUAGACUUUGAAGAUGGGACUAACGAAAAGCUACCGUCUACUGGAAUAGAUGAAAAUAAUAGAAAAAUAGUUAAAGACAUUUCUAAACAUGAAGAACAAAUAUUGGAUGAUUCUGAUUUGAUUGCAGUUGAUAAUUGGAGAAAUAAAGGUCGACCAUCUCGUUAUGAUUACCAUUAUUCUUUGAAUAGCAGUGACGAAGAGAUUGAGAGAUCACCUGUAAAAGUAUUUGAAAAAAUUAUAUCAUCGCCUAAAAAAUUAGAAUCAUUACCACAAAAAAACGUUCUGAAUAAAUUGUGCAAUGUUAAUGAAAAUAAAACUAAAAUCUUAUCAUCCUCCACACAUAUAAAAUCACACAAUGAAUUGAAAAAUAUAAGAAAAAAAGAAGCAAAUGUAACAGAAAGUAAUCAAAAACAUCUAGGUUUCCACUUCCAGCAGAUACCUGAUAUCUUAGACCAAACGAUAACCUCGGAAAAUACUAGUAAAACUAGUACAUCUGACACUAAAAAGAAAAAAAAGUUGGGAAUUUUACAAAAUGGUAAUAAGCGAAACCCCAUAUCUUUAAAAGGAAUUAAUGUUUUAUUAUUUAAUACUUGUGCAAUUGAUUCGCUUAUACAUGUACUAGCUACAGCUGGAAAAGAUGAUCCGCAGUUUCUAACAUAUAUGAAAGACAAUUCGAACGAAACAAUGAAAUUUAUUUGUGAAUUUAUAGAUAAAGGACCAGUUACAUCAGUAUAUAAAAGUAGAACAGUGUUAUUAUCUCAGUUAUUCAAAGAUAGAAUUGUAGAAAAAAAUAAAGAAUCUGUUUUAAAUGCGAAUGAGAUAGAUAUGUGGUCUAGUAUUUUUGAUAUAUGGACAAGAUGUUUUCCUAAUUCCGCAUGUUUUAAUCACGACUGUAGAAUAUGUGGCUUGCAUAAAGUACCUGUACCAAUGGUACAUGUAAACCAUAAAAUAUUAUGGGAAGGUGGAUAUAGUAAACUUCAAGAGUCGAUAUCUACGUUUGAUUCUAAGAUACGGUGUACAAAAUGCAAAUUAACUAUGAUUAAUCGGUCACUGUUAUUCAAUAGAUGUAUUUGCAUUGAACUAAAUGUUCAAAAAUUAAAAAGUGGGCCACUAACAUGCAAACUAAGAGAUAUGCCUGCAAUUAUUAAAUUAAAUAAUUUUAAUUAUCGGUUGCGAGGAAUAAUAGAAUGUGAGGCAGGUCAUUUUAAAUCAUAUUGUAGAAGAGGCCAGAAUUAUUGGAAUUUAUAUGAUGAUAAAGCAACGACAGUAAAAAAAAUUUUAUCUUCGAAAGACGUAAAACCUGAUGCCGUUAUUUUCACAAGAAUCCUGUAAAAUUAUCUUUUUUCUGUUAUGAAAGUUUAUUUUUAUUUGAAUAAAAUUAGAAGAUUUCUGAUAUUGAAAAAAAAUUUAGUUUCAAAAUUUCACAAUUAUUACUUAUUAUUAUUAUUAUUAAAAUUUGAAUUUUAUCUCAACUAUAAUUUUUUAAAUUAAAAAAUACAUAAAAUACAAUUUUUUAUCGUGAUAUUCCGCACAAUGAAUCAAGAAAAAAACAAGUUGAUAAUUUAGCAU